GGUGCGGCUCCAAGGAAUGACGCUAAAGAACAGGAAAUUCCACCAUUCCCUGUUGGACUCGGGGAGCUGCCUUUUCCGGAACUGGGCGAGAAAGACCCGGCCGGGUAUUCGGGGACCUGAAACCUCCCCGGAGCCGCAGUCGCCGCGCGGGGCGGCCUGGGAAAGUCACCAGUCAGCAGCGCAGUGGCGGGAACCGCAGCCCGGCGGCCCUGGAACCUCCCAGUUCCAGGUGUUUUCUGAAGAAUCCCUUUCCCAUAUGCAAGUCUUACAUUGCUCAGUCAGUCCUGCUCACCUGGGAAUCGGAACAAAGAGCCCUGCAUGGUGGAGAGAGGAGACAGAAGCAAAGGAUCCAGGAUGUUCCUUUGACCUGGACCAGAGGGUUGUUCUUCACUGACAGGCUCCUGAGGAGGAAGGUCCAGAGAAUCAGAACAAAUAAGAUCGGAAAGAUGGGUUCAAGAGUUCUUGCAUAAGCUUGUUCUUAUGCCCUGCAGGGUUAUUAAGAGGCACAGCAUGUUAUACACAGUUCUAAAAUUAGAAUGGGGCAGUGUCAGUGAAAAAAUAUAAUGCAGUGAGACAAAGUAUAGGGAGUCCAGUCAACAUGGCAGAAGGGGAGCACAGGCUAUCACAACAUCAGAGAUCAGGCACACCUUAGCCUUGGGACAGAUAACUCCAGCCCCUUAUGUUGUGAAGAGUUGGGCUCUCUGGGUCAGAAGCCACAACUUCCAAGUACCCUGACACAUUUUGUUAUUGGCUCCACCAGGUAUAUUCCUGGGUUCAGAGGAAGAAUAUUAUUCCUUCUCUAUACAUCAGGACCUCAGGGAAAGCCUCACAUGGAUCUACUCAUCACAGUUCUGGUGUUCCACUUAGCUUACAGAAUGCUAGCUAGCAUCAUUUAAUCUCUCAGUAUUGCGGAGUAGUGUUUUCUGUAUUAACUUCUAGACACUUCAGGCUGAGUGCAGCAUUUACUUUCAAUGUAAGCAACAAUUGAAAAGGAAGCUUGCCAUUGGGAUUUUUUGAGGAAAAAAAAAACAGCAAUGCCCAUUACUUAGUGUUUAUGACAUAUCAUACUACCUGUUCUUCAUGAGUUUUUGGAAUAUGAUAUGAACUCUCGCUGAAAUACAGUCAGAAAGUGGUUUCCUGUCUGUUGCUUUCAUAAAGCACCACGACCAAGACAGCUUUGGCUAAUGAUUCAAGUGGCAAAGUCAGAUAGCAAGGAACCAUGUAGGUAGAAUAGAGAGCUGAGAGAUCGCAUUCUCAACUGUCAUGUGAUCCUUAAUGAUCUCUCUCUAUAUAUAUAUGUGUGUGUGUGUGUGUACACACACACACACACAAAUAUAAAUUUACUAAUUGAUUUUAUAGGGUUAACAGACUUACUGAUACAGGAAGGUAAAUCCAGUUGCUUUGUCCUUGGAAAGCUGGGAACUGAUCACACCCUGCUUCAUGUUGCCUUAUCCGGUCUUCACCACCCAAGAUAGUGUGGACCCCCCCCCCCUUCUCUUCCCUUUUAAGAGGUCAUGUAGGCAGACAAGAAUCACCGCCUCUAUCAGGCCAGGUACCUGAAAGUCACUGGUGAAGUGAAUACCCACUACACUUCCCCUUUUUGUCUAAAUAAGAAGGUUCUAAACCUAAUAUGAAACUAUAUACAAUAAGAAUGAUUAUCAAGUAUUGUCCAGGAGAAAGAAAGGGUAAUAACAUAAACAAAAAUGGAACUACAACUAACAAGAACAACAUCAAGCAAGGAACACAUACUAGAUGUGUCAGAAUAUAGGUAAAUGGCAAAAUAUAGAGAUUACUACAAUAGCUGUCCUAUCCUGAGGAAUCUAAAUCUAGUACCUUGUAUGUUCUCAGCUAAGAUAACCAAGAGGAUUGUAAUUGUAACCAUCUAGUCUUGAACCCCAUCAAAGAUCCAAGAAGGAAAAUAAUAUUGCCUGAGUGAGCACGCGGUGUAAGCAAGCAACUUCUGAAAAUAUGCAAGAAAAGACAGAGACAGCUGACUUCCUGGACAGGCCUCCAAAGGUUCUCUGCCGUGUUGGGCAUCCACUAUUGGCUGCAGGCUUAGAAUAUCUGACAGACCAUUUUCAGAAGCAGGAAAAUUUAAAAAACUGGCUUGCCCUGUCUUGGCAGGGUUCAGCAGUUGCUUUUUCUUGUGUCCUACUCGUCCAGAAUGGACAGAGUGCUUACUGUCAGCAGUUGAGGCAAGAGUAGCUGUUUGCCCAACAGACCAUUUUUGCCAAGAAGAUAAAUUCUAUGUGGAGUGUCUUUGAUUCCUAACAUCCUCUCGGGAGUAGAUCUGUACUGCCAGGAGCAAUUGUGUCUCACUCACAAAAUCACUAAAGAGGGAGAGAGAGAAUUAAGGUGGCCUGUUUUUUUUGUUUGUUUGUUUGUUUUGUUUUGUUUUGUUGUUUUUUUCUUUUUCAGAGACUGUGUCAGGUGUCACACUUUAUUCAGUAAUAUUCCAACAACUAAACUUCCCCAAACAUUGUGACCAACUGGGGACUUAAAUUCAGUUCAAAUACAUUAGCCAGUGGGAGACAUUCUCAUCUAAACCAAUACAGUCAGCUUCCUAAUAUUCAUGCUAUGAUUGUACUGGAAGGCACAUUUUUAGAGGAUUUUAAAUCAGUGUAGAAAAUAUACCUUUAAUUUCUUGUUUGGAUUUUCCAUUUGCUUGUUUCUGUAAUAGGGUCUCACUCUGUAGCCCUGACUGGCCUGGAACCUGAUAUGGAGAGCAGUCUGGCAUUCAACUCAUAUGGAUUUACCCACCUUUGCCUCCUGAGUGCCUGGAUUUAAGACCUACCCCACUGUGCCAGGCUUGAAUUAUACUUUUAUCUUUUGAUAUUGCUUCUGGAAUGCAGCAAGAAUUUAGUUCAUUUGUUUGACCUAUGACAUUUUUUGAUUGAGUGAUCCAGCUCCUUAGCCUUGUACUGAAAGUCUGAUGCUUCUCUUAUACUUGCUGUAUCCUGGUGGACAGGCUCUCCAUUGAGUUGUAUUAGGCUUACUGAGUUCUUCCUUUCUUAUUUCAUUUCUGGUUGAGGAUUCUUUAGAUUUCUAUCUCUAGAUUGCAGUGUUCAUAUCCUGCCUUAUCCUCAUUAUUUCCUGAGCCAUUUGCUGGAGUCCCCUUGCCCUUCAAUCAGUUUGUUCCUGUACUCUGAGUUCAGGUGCUUGUUUCCUCUUUAUGUCCCUGGACUUUGUGAAAAUGACUUUGAAUUGUGUUUUGAGUUCUGUAUCUUGAAUUUCAUUCAAACUGCAUUCCUAGGGAGCACUGGUAUUGCAUUGGUGAACUACUGGUCAAGGAUUUCUCACAUUGACCACAUGUGUAAAGCUUCUCUCAUUAUGCAUUGUCUGAUGUAUCCUAAGAUGUUAUUUCUGGAUAAAUUCUUUGAAACAUUCAUUAUUACAUUUGUAAGUGUUCUCUCUGGUAUGAAUGUUCUGAUGCUUUCUAAUACGUGAGCAGCAAAUGAAGGAUUUGCCAUAAUUAGUACAUUUGUUAAGUUUCUCUCCAGCAUGGAUUCUGUCAUGUCUUUUAAAGUCUGAUGAAUCAUAAAAGUACUUUCCAAAUUCUAUACAUUUGUCAGAAGUUUUCCAUAAUGCAUGUUAUUAUGUACUCUGAGUUGUGACAGAUGCAAAAAAGGCUCACUACAUUCUGUACAUUUAUAGAUUUUCUCCUUUGUAUGAGUUCCUUUAUGUCCACUGAGGUUUGAGUAUAUCUUGAAGCAUUUUCUACGUUUCUGGCAUUGCCGUGGUUUUUUUCCUCUGUGGUUUUGUUUCAGGGUGGGUUUAUGUUUAAAAUCAAAAGAUUUAUUAUUCUCUAUAUUUUUGAGUUCUUCUUUCCUACUGUGGAUUUAUAGGAUUUGACUAAAGCUAGAACACAAAUUUAAACAUUUUACACAGUCUUUAUAUUUGAAAAGUUCUUCUCUAAUGUUCCCACUUUUAUGGCUGUUUAGGUUUGAUUUUCAGAAAUAAAAGCAUCUCUGUGGUUUCCAAAUCUAUACUUUCUGGAGUUUUCUGCAGUAUCACUUGUAACAUGUAAUUGGAAGGAUUCAUGAAUCGUUUUGACAAGUUCAUUACAAUUAUAAGACUUCUCUUGGAUAUUCACAUGCUGAUGCACAAUAUGCUUUGAGCUGUCAU